AUGGGACAAGCACAAUCAACCACCGCUGCCAACAAGCUUCGUUGUAUUCAAGAGAUCGAAGAAAAAAAUAAUAAAUUUAUUGAAAGAAAUUAUUUGGAUAAUGAUAAUAAAGAAUAUGAAGGUGAAAGUUCUAAACCUUCAAUUGAUAGAGAUCUCCUUGAUAAAUUUUCUAAUAAAUUCCUAGCUGAACCGAAAAAUAAAUUGGCCAUGAAUUCUAUUUCUCGUGACGAUAUGGCUGAAGUUUUGACAAAUCGAAAAGCUACAAUUGAUAAUAUUCAUGCCUUCUCAGAUAAAAUUGAAUUGGAAGGUAAAGCCACCAAUCAAAAAUCUUCGGGACGUUGCUGGUUGUUUGCUGCUACCAACGUUUUGCGCUUAAUUCUUAUGAAGAAAUAUAAAUUGGAGGAGUUUGAACUGUCACAAUCAUAUUUAUUUUUUUAUGACAAGUUUGAAAAGGCUAAUUAUUUCCUUGAGAAUAUUAUCUCCCUUGCAGGUGAAGAUGUUGAUUCGAGAUUAGUUCAGUAUCUGAUUCAAGACCCUGUUAGUGAUGGUGGACAAUGGGAUAUGAUUAUUAAUCUUUUGGAAAAAUACGGUGUUGUGCCAAAAUCUGUUUUUCCAGAAAGUUUUAGUUCAUCAUCAUCUUCACAUUUAAAUUGGUUAGUUACAACUAAAUUAAGAGAAUUUGCAUAUAAAUUACGCGGAUUGCAUGAAGCUGGUAACUCUGAGGUGCAAUUAAGAAAAGCAAAAAUUGGUAUGAUGGAAGAAAUUUACAGAAUUAUGGCCAUCUCACUCGGUGAACCUCCCAAAGAUUUUACCUGGUCUUUUCAUGAUAAAUAUGGUAAAUUUUAUGAAUAUAAAAAUUUGACACCUCAGAAAUUUUACAAAGAAUUUAUUGGAUAUAAGGCAACAGAAUCAUUUUCGUUAAUAAAUGACCCACGUAAUGCAUAUUAUGAACUUUAUACAAUCGACUAUUUGGGUAAUAUUCAAUCAGGAUCAUCAAUUAAAUAUGUUAAUAUCCCAGUUGAUUUAAUGAAAAGUUUAACAAUAAAAACUUUGAAAAAAGGAAAACCUGUUUGGUUUGGUUCAGAUGUUGGUAAAUUUAGUAAUAGUACAUUGGGUAUUUUGGAUAACAAUAUAAUUGAUUAUGAAUUGGGAUUUGAUGUAAAGUUUGAAAUGAGCAAAGGUGACAGAUUAAAAUAUGGUCAAAGUGCUAUGACACACGCUAUGGUAUUCACUGGGGUUCAUUUAGAAAACAACAAACCAGUGAGAUGGAGAGUAGAAAAUUCAUGGGGCAGUGAAAGAGGCGAUAAAGGUUAUUUUGUCAUGUCAGAUGAUUGGUUUAGUGAAUGGGUUUAUCAAAUUGUCUUGGAAAAGUUAGAUGCUACUAAAGAAUUGGUUGAUAUUUUGAGUAAAAAACCCAUCGUGUUGCCUGCUUGGGAUCCAAUGGGUUCUCUUGCAAUCUAA